CAGUUCAUGUUACGAUCGUUUAGUUAAUGGACACACUAUCCGACCAUACGGGCCAAAAUAUCUAUUCUGCUCCAUCUGAGAGGUUUACACACGGACUUCCAAAAAGAAAAUGAAGAAAUUAUUGGCUUUACUCUUCUUCUGUCACGUCACGUCUUCAGUGAAACACUCCUUGAUGUUUUCCCUCACUACAUCUUCUGGAGUCCCAGACUUCCCAGAGUAUAUGGGUUCUGCACUGGUUGAUGACGUUCAGGUGGGUUAUUUUGACAGCAACAUCAGGACGGCUGAACCCAAAGUGGAUUGGAUGAGAAAGUUGAUGAAGGAUGACCCACAACACCUGGAGUGGUACGUUAACAAAUGCAUCGAACACCAGCACUUCUUCAAAGCCACCAUUGACAGCUUGAUGAAACGCUUAAACCAAACCGAAGGUGCUCACAUCCUACAGCAAAUAAGUGGCUGUGAAUGGGACGAAGAAAAUGGAGACAUCAAGGGUUUUCAGCAAUAUGGAUUUAAUGGUGAAGACUUCAUAGCGCUGGACCUGAAGACUCUGACAUGGGUCGCUCCAAAUCCCCUGGCGUUCAUCACCAAACUGAAAUGGGACACAGAGACAGCUAGACUGGAGUACAAUAAAUACUACUACAUCCACGUGUACUCUGCCUGGCUGAAGAAGUAUGUGAACUACUCAAGGAGUUUUCUUCAGAGAACAGAUCAUCCUUCAGUGUCUCUCCUCCAGAAGACUCCUUCCUCUCAGGUCACCUGCCACGCUACAGGUUUCUACCCUGACAGAGCCGACUUGUUCUGGAGGAAAGAUGGACUGAAGCUUCAUGAGGACAUGGACAAAGUAGAGAUCCUCCCCAACCAUGAUGGAACCUUCCAGAUGAGUGUUGACCUGAACAUCUCAUCAAUCGCUCCUGAAGACUGGAAGAAGUACGACUGUGUGUUUCAGCUGUCUGGUGUCGAAGACGUCAUCAUCAUCAAACUGGACAAAUCAGUGAUCAGGACUAACUGGGUUUCUCCAUCAGGGUUUCCUGCUGGUGCUGUCAUUGGAGUAGUUGUAGGUCUGCUGCUGCUGUUGCUCUGCGUCACUGGACUCUUCAUCUGGAGAAAGAAGACUAACGGGUUCAAACCUGCUAACACCUCAGAUUCUGCAGACAGUAACUCAGAUUCCAGCCAAUCACAACUCUCAGGGAAGACGGGAGGAGAGUAAACUCCAGUGAAGUUGGGAUUCUGUCAACAACUUUAUUUAUCUUAUAGCAUACUUGAUUCUGUUUGCAAUUAUUAAGCCUCUGCAACUAACCCAAGUUGGAAACUCUUGUCAGUCCAGUUUCAUUUUCUCUCCAUAUUAUGCAAAAAAUGUGGACACUGUAAAUGUUUAGUUUCUUAUCCAACAUCCAAACCUAUCAGACAGGCGUCUGAUUGGAAGCCAAAAGGGCUCACUUAGCUGGAGUCAUUGAGUCAAACCGCCAUAACCCUUGAGUUUUAUUUAAUACCAUUGACUCUGUUUUAAAUGCUCCCAAGCCGGUUUGCCAGGAAGCAUCCAUCAAACUGUACAUCAAGUUUCAGGAGUUUUUUAUUGAUAAAGUUGUUAGCACAAGGGCUCUGAUCUCAGCUCCUGCCGUCGACCCCUCUGCCUCUGUCUGCUGCCCGGCUGGGCUCGAUAAAUUUGCCUGUUACUCUGUCGUUUUUGAUAGACACUGUCGGCCACAUAAAGCCAUCAGGGUCCCCUCAUGACUCCAUCCCACCUCAUUUUUUAAAAGAGGUUUUUCCAUGUAUUGGGCAGUCAGUUUUAACCGUCAUUAACAGCUGUCUGUCCACUGGCGUGGUCCCCACUAGUUUUAAACACGCUGUAGUCCAACCACUGCUGAAGAAACCUGGCCUUGACACCACAGUUUUAUCUAACUUCAGACCAAUCUCCAAGCUGCCCUUUCUUUCCAAAAUUUUAGAGAAAGUUGUUCAUGCCCAGCUGAAGUCCUUUUUAGAUGAGCACAAUGUACUGGAGGUUUUUCAGUCUGGUUUAAAGACUGCAUAGCACGAAGUCAGCACUGUUGCGGGUUUUUAAAGAUGUUCUCCUGGCAAACGACUGGGGAUUAUGUGGUUCUUGUUCGUCUGGAUUUAACUGCUGCAUUUGACACAGUGGACCACAACAUUUUAAUAUCUCAUUUGCAGCACUUGGUGGGCAUUAGUGGUAGUGCACUGCAGUGGUUUAGGUCCUAUUUGACUGGCAGAACUAUGAGUGUGAGCCUCGAUAUCUUUGAAACCCCCCCUGCUCCAUUGUCUUUUGGGGUCCCGCAGGAUUCAAUUUUAGGGCCUCUCCUUUUUUCCUGAUACCUACUUCCUAUGGGAUCCAUCCUCAGGAAGCACGGCAUCGCCUUCCAUUUUUAUGCGGAUGACACACAAAUUUAUGUGCCGUUGAAAAAGAAAGACUCUCAAUCGGUCACACUGCUUCUGUCCUGUCUUGAUGACAUUAAAGCCUGGAUGGCUUUAAAUUUUUUACGUUUUAACGAAAAGAAAACUGAGGUAAUGGUGUUUGGUCCCAGUGGCCCUUGUGAGUCUCCCCCUGUUGACUUGGGCCCCCUGGCUCACCAUGUUAAGCCAGUGGUUUCCAACCUGGAUUUUAAAAUGAACUCUGUGAAUUCAAACAGCUAAUCCACAGCUUUUCUUGCUCAAACAUCUGAUCUCAACAACUCACUCUCAAUGUUAAUAACUUCUAGUUUUACUCACAAUGUAACUGUGAAACAGAAACAACAUAUAGCUGCCACUUUAUGGUCACACUACAUAGAGAACACUAUGACCACAGGUACAUGAAAAUAUACAACUGUAAAAUCAAUUUUUGGUUAAAAAAAAAUGUUAUUUAUUUAUAGUGUUUACUUGAUGAAGACCAAAGCACAGGGGUGUCCAAAUAUUUUUUCAAAGAGGACCAGAUUUGAUACUGUGAAAAUGCUGAGGAACAACCAUCCUGCUGACAUUCUUUGAACCAUUAAAGUUGAAUGCCAAUG